UCACCGCAUCUCCUCGAUGGCUUUGGAGCAUUUGUCCUCAACCGCACUCUCCCCUUGGUCUGUCUGAAUCCAUGGGGUGGCGGCUGCAGCGGCAGCGGCCGCAGGGCCGUCUUGUGUGUCGUUGUCUCCCUCUGGUGCUUGCUGCAGAUAGAGGAUUGAGGCACACACAGCCUCCCUCUUUGUCUGUAUCAAGUCGACUCCUCCACACACACCCACCGUGGAUUCGCCCCCCUCCGUAGACAAGUGUGUGCGGCGCUGUGGCGUGGUCGAAUCAAUGUCUCUGGGGACACACCAGUGGAAAGAUGGAUGGGAUGCCUGCACACCAGGGGACGGGGAUGCGUGUGUGCAGACCUGUUGAUGGCCUUGCUGUCACUGCCGUCCUCGUUCCCCUCGACUGCCCGCAGCCUGUCGUCGAACGCCGUGAGCAUCUCACGGAGCAGCUUGUUCUCCUCCACAAUGUGCAGAUUGGCCGCGCACAUCCGACUGACAUGCACACACAGGUGGAGAGACCAAUGGAUGGAUGGAAGGCCACGCGGAUCUUGGUGUGUCUCCCCACCUGUUGGCUUCCACGAGGUCCUUCUGGGCAUUUCUCAGCAGAGUCACCUGCGUCUCUGAGCCGCUUGUGCUGUCGAUUGGCCUCGCCCAGUGCCUCCUGCAGCUCAUGGUCGAUCAGAGCCAACACAUCCUCCUCUUUCACUCCCCGCCUGCAGUACACGUGCAUAGGACAUCCACGAUGGUGUGUCUGUCGUGUUGUGGUGUGUUCUGGUGGGGGUGUGUUGGUGUACUGUACGCUUCUGCCUCCUGCUCGCGCAGACGGUCGUUGAAUGUCUCGCCGAGCUGACGCAGAAACAGAUGCUCACGCUGCGUGUCAAUCCUGACAGAGAGAGGAGAGAGGAGGGCCAAUGAGGUGUCCUGUGAGUUGUCUGUCAGUGUCUGCGACUUACUGAAACCGUUCGAAGUUGUUGGACUGGUGCUUCAACUCGGCGUCCAUCGCCCUCUGCAAAGGACACACACAAGGGAAGCCGUCUCCAUUCAUCGACGUGCUGCCAGAUCUCGGGGUGGUCGCUGCACUAAUUGCAGUGUUGGUGGCACUGCGAAUCUUACGUGUUUGAGUGAGAGCUCCUGGACCUGCUCGCUCAUCCCCGCGAUGGUCUGCUGGAUUGCCGCAUCCUUGGCCUGCAAAGCCAGGCGGCCGUGGGUGGAGAACCCCCUCCAAUUCGACACCUUCAUGGUCACAGCGCAAUUGCUGCGGAAUCUCUGCCCGCUG